GGAAUUAAUACUAGGGAGUUUUAACUUUUAAGUGUCAUGGCAAGGAUAAAACCUCAAGCUCUUCUACUGCAAAGCAAAAAGAAGAAGGCGCCAAGUGGUGUCAGUGUACCUACAAUUAUUGUAUACAUCCUAAUUGUUGCUGUGAUGGUGUUUUCCCUGUUCUCUACAUAUAAAUACUGGGCUCGAAGAUCAAUUGUUCAGACACAGGAUGGUAUAUCAAACAGAAAGUUUAUUGAGCGGAAGAAAUCAGAUAUUCCUAAUUACGCUCUUAUAAGCACCUCGAAAGGACAGAUAACUGUGGAACUUUACAAGGAUGGUUCUCCUGACAUUGUCAAUGAGUUCAUUGAUUUCAGUCAGAAAGGUCACUUUAAAGGGAUGCAAUUUACUCGUGUAAUAAAGAACUUUGUCAUUCAAGGUAGUAAAAUUGAAAACCCUGAAGCUACAGAAGAUUGGACAUCGAGGGGAAAACAUUACAGCCAACUGGACACAAGUCUUAAGCAUGAAGCAUUUAUGCUUGGUACUUCCAAAGCAAAACAUGAAGGUGGAGGAUUUGAUCUAUUUAUUACAACAGCACCAAUACCAGAUUUGAAUGACAAGAUUAAUGUCUUUGGGCGUGUCAUCAAGGGAGAAGAUGCCGUGCAGGAAAUCGAAGAAGUAGAUACAGAUGACCACUAUCGACCCAAAACUCCUGUACAAAUCAAUGAAGUAACUCUCAGGCACAAAACCUGAACUUUCUAUCCGUGAGAUGCAGUUACUGGACAUCGAUGAACAAAAGCAGGCAGCAUCAUGAAUAGAUUUGGUUUCAGGUUAUAAUGGUUCAAAAAUAUUUUGAAGAUUUUAAUUCCUUAGAGUUGACAUGUUGCAGCUUGCUAACCGUGCUUUUGAUGUAAGAUAUGGAUUCAAAAUUUCACGUAGGAUAAAGAAUAUGGCUCUUUAUGUUUCUUACUGUAUACAAUAUAUUCAAAAGGAUUUUUUCCCAUUAUACACAAGACGACGAUUUGUGAUUUUUCA